AUGUUUGCUCUACUUUUGCACGAUAUGGACAUCUUCCUGGCAUUCAAUGGGCCCGGAGUGAAGGGAACCUGUGAAGGGGCUGCUGAAUCCGGGCAUUUUGAAAGCUUGAAAUAUGCUAAAGAGAAUGGAUGUCCAUGGGAUGAAGCCACGUGCAGGAGGGCGGCAGAAGGCGGUCACUUGCACAUUCUCAAAUGGGCUCGCGAGAAAGGAUGUCCCUGGGAUAGGUUUACAUGCCAUGGAGCGGCAGAAGGCGGUCACUUGCACAUUCUCAAAUGGGCUCAUGAGAAGGACUGCCCUUGGGACACGUCAACAUGCAGUGCUGCUGCCAGAGGUGGUCAUUUUUGCAUUCUUAAAUGGGCUUGUGAGAAUGGAUGUCCCUGGGAUGCAUCAACAUGCAGCAAUGCUGCGGCCUGUGGCCAUUUGGACAUGCUCCAGUGGGCUCACGAGAAUGGAUGCCCUCUAAAUGUUUGGACAUGCGCUGGUGCUGCUAAUGGUGGUCAUUUGGACAUUCUUAAAUGGGCUCGUGAGCAUGGAUGCCCCUGGGAUUCACAAACAUGUGAUGGUGCUGCGGUUGGUGGCCAUUUGGAAAUUCUAAAAUGGGCUCGUGAAAAUGGCUGUCCCUGGGAUGAUUGGACAUGCUGGUAUGCUGCAUAUAGGGGUCACUUGGAAGUUUUAGAGUGGGCUAUUGAAAACGGAUGCCCAUCAAACACCAGCACAAAUGGGGCUGCCAAGGGUGGUCGUCUGGAGAUUUUGAAAUGGUUGAAGGAAAACGAGUGUCCAUGGGACGAAACAACGUGCAGUACUGCUGCAUGGUGGGGUGAAAUGGAAAUUCUGAUUUAUGCACAUGAGAAUGGCUGUCCCUGGAAUGAAGAGACCUGUGAAAAAGCAGCAGAAAUGGGUAGAUUGGAGAUUCUGAAGUACGCUCACGAGAAUGGAUGUCCAUGGGAUGCAAAUACAUGCUCUAUUGCUGCAGGAUGGGGACAACUUGAAACUCUGAAGUAUGCUCACGAGAAUGGAUGCCCUUGGGAUGGAAGGACAUGUCGUGCUGCUAAAGAGAGUGGCCAUGAGGAAAUUUUACAGUGGGCUCGGGAGAAUGGAUGUCCAGAAUAA